CUUCCCAAUUUCCCAGUUUCGAAAUUUCGCAACAAAAGAUGGCCAAAUCCACGACUUCAACCUCGACUUCAACUUCAACCUCGACUUCACCCUCGACUUCGACGACGACGACGAACGCAUUCGCGGGAGUGACCUCGGGACAGGCGCUCGCAGCCGCUGCCGUCGUCGUUGGCGCGGUCGGGGCGUAUCUCUACUGGCGCAAGACAUCGUCCAAGCCGCCGCCGCCGCGCUCCACCCCGAAGCCGACCCUGUCUGGAAGCGCAGGUGCUGCUGCUGCUGGAAAGGGUGCGUCGACGUCGGGCGAUGCGGCGCCGCGGGCCUCGAGCACGUAUGCGCACGGACGCGUCCCGUCUGCCGCUGCUGCAAAGGCCAUUGCGAGCGUCGAGAGUGCGUAUGGCGCGUCGAUCGAGGUGCUGCGUGGCAUUGUCAACAGCAUGAUGCAGGAAAUGCGCAAGGGCCUCGCCAAGGAGAACGGCGCCGCCAUGAAGAUGAUCAUCUCGCACGUCUCCAACCUGCCGACCGGCAAGGAGAAGGGCCGGUUCCUGGCGCUCGACCUCGGCGGAAGCAACUUUCGCGUUCUGCUGCUGACGCUCGACGGACACGGCCAGUGCAAGUCGGAGAGCGACAAGUACGUUCUGACGCAAGAGCUCAUGACGGGAACCGGCGAGUCCCUGUUUGACUUUAUUGCCGAGUCGGUGCAAGGCUUCUUGGAGUCGCGCGGCAUCACUGAGACGCUGCCGUUGGGCUUCACGUUCAGCUUCCCCGUGCAGCAAGAGUCAAUCAACUCGGGCAAGCUCAUCCGCUGGACGAAAGGAUUCCACGCGUCCGGCGUCGAGGGCCAGGACGUCGGCCGCCUGCUGAACGAGGCGUUCGCGCGCAAGGGCAUCAAGGUCAACGUCGCUGCCAUCGUCAACGACACGGUUGGCACCCAGAUUGCACGAUGCCUCGACGACCAGAACUGCUACGUCGGUCUCAUUCUCGGCACGGGCUCCAACACCUGCUACCUCGAGGACGUGACGGCCAUCCCCAAGUGGACUGGCCCCGCCCCAAAGACUGGCAAGGUCAUUAUCAACAUGGAGUGGGGUGCGUUCGACGACGAAAUCCAGCGCCUGCCGUACACCCCGCACGACCGCACCAUGGACGCUGCGUCCAUCAACCGCGGCCAGCAGCUGUUCGAGAAGAUGAUUUCGGGCAUGUAUCUUGGUGAAAUCUCGCGUCUCGUUGCCGUCGAGCUUGCCGAGAGCGGCCAGCUGUUCCAGGGCACCCUCACCAGCAAGUUCCGCGAGGUUCAGGCCUUCAAGACUGCGAUGAUGUCCGAGAUUGAGAGCGAUGACACUGUUGAUCUCUCCCUCACUCGCGAUUUGCUGCAUCGUGAGUUCGGCCUGCCCUUGAACAAGAUCACCAUUGAUGACCGAAUGAUCAUCAAGCGUAUCUGCGAGCUCGUGUCGACGCGCGCCGCCCGCAUCGCCGCUGCAGGCAUUGUUGCCGUGGCCACCAAGAUCGCCAAGACCCACGACUGCACCGUGGCUGUCGACGGCACGCUGUUCCAGCGCUACCCGAACUUUGAGCACCGACUGACUGCCGCCGUCGCCGAGCUGCUCCCCGGCAUUUCAACCAAGAUCCACUUCAAGCGUUCUGAAGACGGCAGUGGCAAGGGUGCCGCCCUUGUCGCUGCGCUUGCCCAGACGCAGUAGUAGAUGGGAAUGAGGGUGUUGGGUUUUGUUGGGUCUUUUUGUUGAUGAGCGUUUUGGCGAGCGGUUUUUUCGCCUUGUCCGGUUUCGUAGCUCAGUACCCGUUGCAUCGGUCUGCUUGAUGUGUGUUUGUGGGUGUGUGUUUGUGUGUGUGAAUCGAAUGAAUGAUGCAAAAGCAAAGUUUCAAGUUCCGUAUGCCCACUAACCCCCCCCCCCGCAUCUCCCUCUAACUACUGUAAUACAUCUUGCCAAACC